GACUAUUUCCCUCCCCCGCUCUGCAAUUUCCGCCUCCUUUCAUCCAUACUCUGGCUUUGGGCUUGUCGGCUCUAUUCAUCUGCUGUUUUCCCUGGAUUAAGGUUUUAUUGCUAACUGCCCCUCUUUCUUUUCCUGUUCGGGAGAUGCAGGCCAUCAAAUGCGUUGUUGUGGGAGACGGGGCUGUUGGGAAAACAUGCCUCCUAAUUAGUUAUACAACCAACGCUUUUCCUGGAGAAUAUAUCCCAACUGUGUUUGACAAUUAUUCUGCUAAUGUGAUGGUUGACGGGAAACCAGUGAAUUUGGGACUCUGGGACACAGCCGGCCAGGAGGACUAUGACAGACUUCGACCCCUUUCCUACCCCCAAACGGAUGUGUUUCUGAUCUGCUUCUCCCUUGUCAGCCCUGCAUCAUUUGAGAAUGUCAGAGCAAAGUGGUACCCAGAGGUUCGGCAUCAUUGUCCUAAUACACCUAUCAUUUUGGUGGGUACAAAACUGGACCUUCGAGAUGACAAGGACACAAUUGAGAGGUUGAGGGACAAGAGACUGUCACCAAUCACAUACCCACAAGGUUUGGCAAUGGCCCGGGAAAUAGGUUCUGUCAAAUACCUAGAAUGCUCUGCACUGACCCAGCGUGGCCUGAAGACAGUUUUUGAUGAAGCAAUACGUGCGGUGUUGUGCCCUCCACCUGUUAAGAGGGCAGGGAAGAAAUGUACUGUUUUCUGAUUUCUGUUAACCUUCAGACUGGACCAAACUCCUGACACUUUUUUUUUCCAAAGAAGUGAAUCCCUUCCAGUGUGGAACAUGGGACUGGAGACUUCCAGAUGAUUUCUGUGACUUAGUGUUUUGUGAAUGUACUGAGCAUGGGGUGGGAGGGGAGGGUGAGACAGCGAGAUCCGGCCUGCACUGAUGAGUUCGAGUUUGAGCAUUGUCAACAUUGGGCAUUCACUCUAGGUGGGAACAUCAAUAAGAUCCUGAAUAAGAUGUUCAUGGAUUGUCUGAAAUUUACAUUGGACGUUAACCAUGUAAGGAAGAGAAACAUAGUCUGCAUGUGUCCUGGUGCAUUAAAUAAUCAUUGCUCGGCUUAUAUUUUUUGUUGCAUGGGGAAAGAGGUAAACUGUCCAACUUUCUUGUUCUGUGUUCAGGUUACAAGAAUUCUGUAGUAAAUGUUUUGAAAAUGUGUUAACUUUUUCACAUGUAUGCAUAUGUAAUUAAGUGCUGGUAGAGAUGUUUCCUAA